GCUGAUCAGCGCGCAGGCGGGUGGGAGAGUACUGAGUCACUGAUCGGGAGUGCCCCGCCCCGUCGCCAUCUCCGGGAGCAGCUGAGAGAGCUCCAGGUUUCCGUGCUGUGGCACCAGAGCCUGCAGGAUGUUUCACGGGAUCCCAGCCACUCCGGGUAUGGGAGGUAUGACAACAUGGCAGAGCUGUUUGCAGUGGUGAAGACGAUGCAGGCACUGGAGAAAGCAUACAUAAAGGACUGCGUCACCCCCAACGAGUACACUGCGGCCUGCUCUCGUCUCCUGGUCCAGUACAAAGCCGCCUUCCGGCAAGUUCAAGGCUCAGAAAUCAGCUCCAUUGAUGAAUUCUGCCGCAAGUUCCGACUGGACUGCCCACUGGCCAUGGAAAGGAUUAAAGAGGACCGACCCAUCACCAUCAAGGAUGACAAGGGCAACCUCAACCGCUGCAUUGCAGAUGUGGUCUCGCUCUUCAUCACAGUCAUGGACAAGCUGCGCCUGGAGAUUCGAGCCAUGGAUGAGAUCCAGCCUGACCUGAGGGAGCUGAUGGAGACCAUGCACCGCAUGAGCCACCUGCCCCCAGACUUUGAGGGCCGCCAGACAGUCAGCCAAUGGCUGCAGACCCUGAGUGGCAUGUCGGCCUCUGACGAGCUGGACGACUCCCAGGUACGCCAGAUGCUCUUCGACCUGGAGUCAGCCUACAAUGCUUUCAAUCGCUUCCUGCACUCCUGAGCCCCCAUGUGGCCCACAGGAGAUGUGGAGGUAGCAGCUUAAGGGGAUGGUUCCUGUUGUCUUGAUGCGAUGCCUACAGUUGCCCAGGACAUCUUCGUGAGCCUUGAUGUCCACAGCAGCCUGCCCUGUGCUGCCAGGACUCACCCCCAAUAAAGAGGCUAUCUUCCUGCC